CUGAUACGGGGUGAUUCCCCAUUUCGCCAUGUUUUUUGACGUCUUGCAAUCCAAACAAUGGGUUUUUCUAUGGGUCUUUAAAAAGGGCUUUUUUAUUGUAUUCCUCAAAGGCGAUAGUGAAUAAUUUUCAGCAAGGGGCUUCUAUGAACCACCGAGAAUCAUUUCCUCAUAGUGUAGUGCAAAAUUCUUGAGGAAAUCUUGUGGAAAAAUGCAUCCCAAAAAUCAGCGUCUGCAGCCUGAUGAAUCUGAUGAAGAACUCCUCAUUGAUGAGGAACCAUCGAUUAAUCAUGUGGAGAUAAACACACAAAUUCCGGUAUUUGUGCGACCAGAGAGGCCUCCAACCAAGUCCAUUUACGAGAGUCUCGAUUACGAGGUGAUCGAAAAUGAUCUGUGGAAGGAAGAUCGUCACAAGAGACCCCAAAAUUUUGAAUUUUGGAAAGAUUUCUUCAGAUGGUUGAUAUUCAUAUCAAUUGGGAUCUUAACAGCACUUGUAGCUUGCCUCAUUAAUAUUCUUAUUGAUCAAUUCAGCGAUCUCAAGUACAAUUUUCUCAAGCACUCUGUUGACGGAAAUGUGAUAAAUGGCGAUCUAUCAAUUCCCUACAUCUACUGGAUGUUGCUCAAUAUACUUCCCGUGCUAAUUGGAGCAGUUCUUGUGACUUAUGUUGAGCCCAUGGCUGGUGGUAGUGGAAUCCCUCAGGUAAAAUGCUAUUUAAACGGGAUAAAAAUUCCCAGAUUGAUUCGGAUUAAGACACUGGCUGUGAAAGUUGUCGGUGUGGCAACAUCGGUAAUUGGGGGUCUUGCUGGUGGAAAGGAAGGUCCCAUGAUUCAUUCUGGUGCCAUCAUAGCAGCUGGUAUAUCCCAGGGAAAGAGUACAACCUUCAAUAUGGACUUUGGAGUACUCAGAUAUUUCCGGGAUGACCAUGAGAAGAGGGAUUUUGUUGUAGGUGGGGCUGCAGCAGGAGUAGCUGCAGCUUUUGGUGCUCCAAUUGGUGGAGUGAUCUUUUCUCUCGAAGAAGUAGCAAGUUUCUGGAAUCAGAGUCUCAUCUGGCGCACAAUGGUGGCCUCUGUCAUUAGUUCUUUCACCCUGAACAUCGUUCUAUCCACUUAUUACGGGCAGUCCGGAUUGGUCUACCCAGGUCUCUUCAAUCUGGGCAAAUUUGAACCUCUACCCUUCACCUACCUGGAAUUGUUCAUUUUCGUUGGAAUGGGAGUUAUUGGGGGUCUUCUAGGUGCCCUCUGGAAUUACAUCAAUAUCAAAUUGAAUAUCUUCCGGAUGAAAAAUGUGAAGCAAAAAUGGGGAAAAGUGCUCGAUGCUCUUCUAAUAGCUGCUCUAAGUGCCACUUUUGGGUGCAUCCUCAUGUACACCCUGAAUGACUGCAAACCCCUCGGAAAUGAUCCCAUCAAGUACCCUGUUCAACUCUUCUGUGAGGACAAUGAGUACAAUGCCAUGGCAGCUCUCUGGUUCCAAACUCCAGAAGCCAGUGUUAAGAGCCUAUUCCAUGAUCCUCCUGGAUCCCACAAAAUCCUCUCAUUAGCUCUCUUUGUACUUAUUUACUAUCCUCUCUCGUGCUUCACCUUUGGUCUCAAUGUUUCUCUGGGAAUCUUCAUUCCAACCCUUCUUGUUGGAGCUGCUUGGGGACGACUCACAGGAAUGACAAUCUCAACUCUCCUUCCAACGGUGGAUCUUCAUCCCGGAAAGUAUGCCCUCAUUGGGGCUGCUGCUCAACUCGGUGGUGUCCUAAGGAUGACAAUAAGCCUCAGUGUGAUUCUAAUUGAAGCCACAGGCAACAUUACUUUCGGAUUUCCUCUGAUUGUGACGCUAAUUACGGCUAAAUGGGUUGGAGAUUAUUUCAAUGAGGGCAUCUAUGAUACUCAGAUUGCAGUCUGGCGUGUUCCAAUGCUCCCAUGGUCUCUCAAUCCCACUUACCAAAACCUCAAUGCAUUUGAUAUUAUGAAUACGCCAGUCGUAACGAUUAAGCUGAGAGAGAAGGCAAAAUUCAUCUAUGAUAUCCUCAAGAAUUACUCCUUCAACGGUUUUCCCGUGGUGGAUGAUCGUGGUUGUCUCCGAGGAUUGAUUCUAAGAUGGCAGCUCGUGGUGAUUCUCAUGAGAAGCCUGUAUGAUGAGAAGAAGAAGUUCUGGGAGGAUGAGGUGUCCAUAGAGACCUUCAGGAACGAAUAUCCGCGGUAUCCUUCGAUCGAGCAAGUUAAAUUGAACUUGAACAAAGUAGAUUACACGGUGGAUUUAAAGAUGUUCAUGAAACCUUCUCCGCAUUCGGUGACCAAAGAUACUUCAGUGCCUAGGAUUUUUCAACUAUUCCGUGCUCUGGGGCUUCGUCAUUUGCCAGUUGUCAGUGUUAAUAAUGAAGUUGUGGGAAUUAUAACGCGCAAAGAUUUUCUGAAAAGCCACAAUCACUGAAAUCAGCGAUUGGUAAGUGAUCUUCAGAGAAAUCUUCCUUCUCGUCUUGAAGAAAAUCAUGUAUUUUGAACUGGUAUUUUUCCAUUAAAUUAAAACAAUUAUUUAAAAA